UGCUUUGACUGCUGCAGUGCUUUUGUUUGGUGAGGUUAGAAAUUUGCCGUAAACACACAAAAAUAUAACUAAAACUUCUGAAAAUGGAUAUUGAAACCAAGAUUAAAGACGACAUGAAGGCUUUAGGCUGCCAUUCUGAUCUAAAAAUGUCGCUUGCAUACAAUCUUUACAUACAUUUAGUGGACGAGAAGCUAAUGUAUGACACUGAGUAUUGUUACAACAAGGACAUAGACACACUUUACAUCGUCGCCCGCCCAAAUAAGAACGAGAAACUAAACAUAUACGUGCCAAUACCGACAUACGACGAGAUCAGUGUGGAUUACAUCAACAAAAUACAGGAAAAUCUGUGCACUGUGGAAACUGGACCGACAGUGAACUUGGCAUUCAUUGAAGGUGACUUUACGACAGUGAUAUACACUUUUACUAAAGGAAUAGUGGACCGGCCGCCUCCUGACAAAGUAUCCUACCAGAGAGCAAGAGAGGGAAGAAGGAAUUUCAUAGACAAUGAGUUGAAAAAGAGUAGGAAUAACAUUUUAAAUGAUGCUUUGAAUGGAGGAGUGGUGGAUGAUGAUGAUUGUCACGUUUUAGAUUGAAGGAGGUUUUAAGCGAGAUUGGAACUUAUUUGUAUGAAGGCAGACCUAAAGGUCCUUGUGUGCUCAAAUCUUCUGUCAAGUAUGCUGUAGUGCUUGAGUUCAUACACGCUGCAACAUUUAGAAAGCCACCAAUACAGAAUAAGAAUUUAAAUACAUAGGCUGAAGGCAGAGACAUUAAGCCAAAUAAAAAAAAUCCACAACCUGUUCAGAGUUGAAUUUCAGUUUAACGAGUAGUAUUAAAAUUAUAAAAGUAGUAAUAAGAUUCAUCAUCAUCCUCCUGCCCUUAUCCCAAUUUCAUUUGGGGUCAGCGCAGCAUGUUUUCUUCUUCCAUACUCUUCUAUCUGCCGUUUGUUUGAAGUGAAGCAUGAUUCGUAAUAAGAGGACAAAAUUAUAUUUCUAAAUCAAAUCAAUUGUAUCAUUGUCAAGUAGCUCGCUACUUUAGACUAAGCUCAGUGUACAGGACUUUAUUUCAACAGGCCAUAAAUUCUCAGAAAGUAAAUUAAGCCUAUUUUGGGGAAAAUUUUCUAUGACAAUCUGCCUGAUGGCCUCUGCCAUGUAUUUGUUUAACAAUGGAUUUUUUUUAAUGAUACAAAAUACAUACUUACAACUAUGUUCCCACCGUUUCAUCUGCAUUCCAGGGCAACUUUUUCCCAUAUUCAUAUAAAAUAUAGCCGAUGUUACUCAGGAAGAGUAGCUUUCCAACAGUGAAUGGUUUUUCAAAUUAGGCCAUUAUUUUCAGCCUUUAAAAAAGUUUACUUUUUAUGUUAAUAUGAGCUUCCGCUCGAGGCUUCGCCCGCGUGGUGUGUUGAUAAGAAGUAGCCUGUGUUAAUCCAGGGUGUCACUUAUCUACAUACCAAAUUUCAACCAAAUCGGUCCAGCCGUUUUUGCGUGAAAGAAUAACAAACAUACAUCCAUACAUUCUCACCAACUUUCACAUUUUAUAAUAUUAGUAGCUAGUAGGAUAGAUUUAUAAUUUACCAUUUUUUGGUACAAUUUGCUGUUUGCCACUUACAUGAUAUCAGGCUAAUAAUAGGUGGGAGUGUGAUUACAAUUAUGUCAUUAUCUCCUGAGCCGUUUCCCAACUAUGUUCGGGUUGGCUUCCAGUUCAACCCUGUGCAGCUGAUUACAAGAUAUAUGUAUGUUCUGAUAAUGGCAGAGUAUUCAUUAUAAUUAUGUAUGUACGGUACUGUACUAAGAAAAAACUACUUAUCAUACGAUGUUUGCAGUAUUUUAAAUGUCAACAAGUUUUAUAGUUCUAAAUAACACAUAGUUUCAGGAGUUAACACUGUAUGUACCUUAAUUAUUAAGAACAAAAUUAUAGUGUUUGCGAUUAGUGAUGUAAAAUGAAAAAAAACGAUUUGUUUUUUUUCACUUUAUUGAAAAAAAACAUGAAAAAAAACUUUG